AUGGCGGACACGAAGCGCGCCCAGCCGCACAUCUCCUCGCGGGAUCCCGACGAGCUGUUUGAGCUCAUCAAGCAAAUCGGAAGUGGCAGCUAUGGCAGCGUGCAUCAAGCGCGCAUCAAGACAAACGGCCGCCUCGCAGCCGUCAAAAUGAUCAACAUGGAAGAUGGUACCCCACAUCCGGGCAACACGUGUCAGACCCUCGUCUUCCUUUAG